CACUAGGAAAAGACGUACAUCAGCGUGAGAUAUUUCAGAAUGAGGAUUACGCGGGUCGAAGCAUCAACUAGUUCAUUGCUUCCCAUCCGUUCGUUCGAUCCUAGCAUAUCCACGCUACCACUUCCCCCAGACGCGGUUCGCACGUUCAUCCUCGACCAUUCGUCCGCAAGACUGUCAUCUAGUCCUGCCUCGUCGCCUCGGAUUGUGGAGUCUCUGCAUUCGCGAAGGAAGUCGGUUCACCCACCCUUGAGCAGCGCUAUGGAGUACGGCACAUGUCCUGAUGCGGAGUUCUUCAACAACCUCUCCCCAGAUUCUGACCGAGAAGACGACAGAAAAGAUCACGACUCAACGCAAAACUCUGACGAGAUCCGUGAGCAGCCUACCCGGGGCACGCUGCUUGGAAUAGAAACCAGAUACGGACUAAGAGGCCGAAGCAGAGAAAGAAGCCCAACCGCCGAACCACCACGCAUCCACACCACCAGAGAAGAAAACAAAGACACAAACGAAGCGCGUCCAAUAUCCCUGAAGCGUCUGGGCAGAAACAAAGUAAAACUCGUGCACAACCACGGCUCGAAUCCCGGGACACCGCGCGGUUCAACGCGAGGUGGUGAGUCGGAUGCAUCGCCGUUCCCGUCUCCGUUUCCGGGGUCGCCCAUCCCACUGUCGCCCGAUAGCAAGGAUGCGCAGGCCGAGUUGCUGGGCUUUUACCGGCGGCAUAGGAGGAGUGUGUCUGAGGGGUUUGGCGCGGAUUCCGUGUUUCGGGGACAUGCGCGGGCGUUUGAGGCUCUUGCUCCGUUGCCCUUUGACCGCGAGAUGUUGUAUUCGGCUACUAGGGCGGAGUAUGUGAAGGCUUCUUUCUCAAGGAAUCGGCGGGUUACGCUGUCUCCUAUCAGUGUUGAGAAUCGGUAUCGGGAGGGGCGUCUUCGUGCGUAUUGUGGUGAGAGGCCGGAUCUAUUCACGCACGAGGACGUUUGUGCGGAACUCCCAUCGCAGUUCGGACGAGCCGAUAGUGAAGAUGACUUUGGAAAGGGAGAAGUGAGGUUAGACAGCGGCUACGCAGACAACCCCCACACCCCCUUCGACGACCGGAAAGGAAAACACGUCCUCAGCCUCCUCCCAAGCCCACACGAGCACAACACGCAACCCCGAUCAAAGCACGCCGAAAACAAACCCCAUCCAUCCCGCAACGACGAAACAGAAACCACAAUCUGGCUCACUCUCCAACGCACCAACUCGCCCACACCCCCCAAACUAACCCACCUCACCAUCCCACCACCAGCCCUCACAAACAAAAACCCCCCCACUUUCGACGACAACCUCCUCGCCCAACACUUCCGCAGCGCACAUGACAACCUCGCCGGACCCUGGGCGACACGCACACUCAGCGCGCGAAAACUCACAGCCAUUCAACUCGUGCGCGUGGGGACGUGGAGCGGCUCCCCCUCCUCUUGCCACGCGCCGUGCAGACUCCUCGCUGUGGGGGAUGGCGGUAUGGUGCGCGGCGUGUGCACGGAGGAGGGUCUUAUGGCUUUGUACCGCUGUCCUGAGGCUGGGGCGGGUGCGUUUGUGUGGGUGGAUUGGGCGCGGCGGGUUGGUGCGUUUGUGCGUGAAGGACGGCGUGAUGGGGGGGAUGUGCCGGAUUCGGUUGUAGCGAUUCGGUUUGUGCAUGCUUUGGCUGUGGGGCGGGUGCUUUUCGCGGUUGCGGUGGUGCUGGGUUCUUGUGUGUUGGCGGUUGUGCUGUGGGUUUUCUGCGAUGGGGGUGCGUUGGGGGAGGUGGGUGAGGGGGAUGUACGGCGGAGUGGGAGGGUGGGGAGUGGGAUGGCGGUUGGGGGGUUGGUGGUGCUGGUGGAGGGGAUGGGGGUUCUGGUUUGGGUGGGCUUGAGCUGA